ACGCCUAAAAAAGAAAGAGAAGUGGACUCGGGAAAGCUAAGUACAUCGGCUUGGGUACAUACCGUCAAAAAUCCAUUUCGUCUGUUCUUCAGAUUAUUCGGGGGGAGAGAGAGAGACCCUAUCUUUGUACUGCUGCUGCAAGUUCACAAGAGAGCAACACAGACAAAUAGCCAACGUACAGGAGAAUCUUCUUCCUGCAAAAUAUUUUUCCCCAUUUCCUACUCUCACCUGCACAGAUAAUCACAGAAGAAAGAGAGAGUGAAAGAGAAUCGUUAAGAGUUUUCUAGAGGUUUAAAGAAAUUACCGCAAAUUUCUCCAAACGCGUUUACACUCACAGCGGUGGAGGUCACUUCUGCUUGCGGUAUUUUCAUAAGCAAAAGCUAAAUCCUCAAUAUUCGAUCCGCUAUGGCAACGUUAUACUUCUGAUGAUGACAAAUUAAACUUUUUCUGACGGUGAGCGGCUAAAUAAAGCAUGUUUCGGAAAAUAGAUGAUGUAUCACUGCGUUCCUGAUUUUGAAAUGGAUGACGAUUACUCCCUCCCCUCAUCGUCUGGCGCUGCUCGCCCCAGAAAAUCGUCCUUGCCCCAAGAUGAGAUCGUGGAGCUGUUGUGGCAAAACGGCCAGGUGGUGAUGCAGAGCCAGAACCAGAGGUCGAUGAGAGUAUCUCCACCUUCCAAAUACGGCGACGCUGUGAUACCUGCAGAGCAAUCAGCGGCCAGGGAGAUCCGAUCCUCACAACAGGAGCAAGAAUCGGCCGCACACCAACACCAGAAUCUAUUCAUGCAAGAAGACGAAAUGACCUCGUGGCUUCACUACCCUCUUGUCGACGACGAAGCUGCCUUGGAUCACAAUUUCUGCGCCGACCUUCUCUAUCCUCCGCUUAAUCAGAGUAACAAUAUCGGUAAUAACAACACUAACCCUACCAUCCGUACAAGCAGCGUCGCGGAGCUCCGUCCGGCGGUGACAGGAGGGGUGGGGGCACCGAGGCCGCCGAUACCGCCUGCGAGGAUGACGGAGCUGGCUGACUCGAAGAUGCAGAACUUCAUGCACUUUUCGAGGCACAAGGCCAGGUUUAUUGGAGGAGUUGACCAAACGGAGCCGUCGAGCUCGAAGAGCAUGGUAGUGGUGAGGGAAUCGACGGUGGUAGACUCAAGCGACACACCGGUGGCUGGACCAGAAUCUUGGGCGAGGAGCGCGGCGGAGGCGUCCGACUUCGGUGAUAGGGGUUGCGCGACCUUGAGUUGUGGUGAUGUGGCGGGCACGUCGUCCGCAGGAGCUACUGCGAAGGAGAUGAUGUCGUGUGAGGUGACCGUGACGUCAUCACCGGGAUGCUCCAGCGCCAGUGGUGAGCCGUCUUUGAAGCCGCCAGCUGAAGAUCGCAAGCGCAAAGGAAGAGAAGCCGAAGACGCCGACUGCCAUUGUGAGGAUGCCGAGUUUGAAUCUGGGGACACAAAGAAACAGGUUCGUGGAUCAACAUCUACGAAGAGAUCCCGUGCCGCAGAGGUCCACAACCUUUCAGAGAGGAGACGUCGAGAUAGGAUAAAUGAGAAGAUGAGGGCUUUGCAAGAACUCAUACCUCGUUGCAACAAGUCAGACAAAGCAUCAAUGCUGGAUGAGGCGAUAGAGUAUUUGAAAUCACUUCAGUUGCAAGUACAGAUGAUGUCUAUGGGUUGUGGCAUGGUCCCCAUGUUGUUUCCUGGUGUCCAGCAGUAUAUGCCAGCAAUGGGGAUGGGAAUUGGGUUGGGCAUGGGCAUGGAAAUGGGCAUCAAUCGGCCCAUGAUACCCUUUCCCAAUUUGUUAGCUGGUUCAGGAUUGCCAACAUCAGCUGCAGCAGCUCAUCUGGGACCACGAUUCCCAAUGCCGGCUUUUCAUAUGCCACCUGUUACUGCACCCGAUCCUUCCAGAAUUCAAGCAACCAACCAGUCAGAACAAAUGCUACACUCAAUUGGUACACAGCACACAAGCCAGCCACGGUUCCCAAAUUUUGUUGAUCCUUAUCAGCAGUAUAUUGCUACUCAUCAGAUGCAGUUGCCAAUACCACAGAAUCAAGUGCUGGCUCAGCCAAGUAGUAGCAAGCCAAGCACCAGUAGGGGACAUGAAAAUCUUGAGAAUCACCAAUCAGGAGGAAGGAUGCUGAUAGAAUUCUAUCGUCUCCUAUGUCAUUUUCUGCCUUCAACUUGCAAAUGUUGCAUACACAGGACCAGUGAAGGAAAGCGAAAAAGUUACCAUGGGCAUGGGCAGGCAAUGGAAAGCAAUUUUGGAAUUUGAAGCUGACACAUAACUCCUACAAGGAAAAGGUGGCAUGAGAGCCUCAUGCGCUGAGUGGGGAUGAUGAGUGGUUGGUGGAUGGCAAAUUGGCACGAGGAAGAUUCAAUGGUGGGCGGACGACACAACAGAUUGAACCACUCAAAUACAGCAAUAUGGAGAAAAAAGGAGGGAAAAGGUGGGAAAGGAAAAGAAAAAAGGGGGGAAAGAGAGGAGAAGAGAGAAAGGAGGCAGGGCUCCUAGCUAGUCGCUCGGAGAAGCCUUCUCCCGUAGGAGAGAGAGUGGCAUAGCUUCCAUCAUCAUCAUAUUCUUAUUUAUUAAUGAUAAUGUAGGUAAGGAGCGAGAGUUUAUUCAUGAAGUCUCAAAGUCCACACAGACAGUGAUGACUGAAAAGGCAAAGAAAUUGGAGCGGUAUUGCUCCUAUUGCAUCUACUAUUUGUACAGAAAAACUGAAACUUGAAAUGUACUUCUUAAACUAUAUAUUACA